GCCAAUCAAAUCCCAUCUGUGUCAUGCAGGAGCGGACUGACCAUUUGGAAACUCGGGCACUGCCCGAGGGCCCGGGUCAGUAGGGGGCUCCAUGAGAUGUCCCUGGUACCUUUUUCAUAAGCUUUUUUGAGUUUGGGCAAGAACACAGGGGCCCCAUUAUCCCCUAUUGCCCAGGGGCCACAUGAGUUGUCAAUCCGCCCCUGGUGUCAUGACACAAAAUAGUCUAGCACCGGUCCUGAAUGUGCCACAUCUUAUGAUGCAUGUGACAUUCAUCAUAAUACACUGCAGUACAGGUUCAUUUUCUGAAGUUAGUUGGGGUGCCAUU